AUGGUAAUGGAAGAGGGUGAUAAUAAGGAUGAUGAUGAUGAUGAGCUAACUGUGGCGCUGCCUGUGAGAGCAACAGAGAAGCCUAACAUCCGUGUGUACUGUACGACUAGCGGUGCUAACGGAGGAGACGGAUGGCUCCGCGAGUGUGUCGCAACGGAGGAGACGGAGCGCGCGCUGCGCAGACAUCAUGGCCCCCGCGCCGCCGCCGGUCCUCUGUCUCGCUCUAGGUGCCCAUGCCAGCCCCGUGUCUCCGCCCACAGCACCGGCCAGCCGUUAGACAGACAGGGCGCGAGCGGCGGCGGAGCGAUGAGCGCGGACUCCUCUAUUAAUCUGUCCGUGCAGCGCGUGCUCAGUCUGUGGGUCCAGGGCACCGAGCCCACACUGCAGCACUUCACAGAGAUGUGGUACUGGGUCUUCCUCUGGUCUCUCUUCUCCUCUCUGUUUGUGCACGGUGUGGUGGGGCUGCUCAUGUGUGUGACGCUGCAGAGGCACAAGCGUGGUCGCCUCAUCACCCUGGUGCUGAUCAGCGCUGGCUUUAUCGCCUCCACCAUCGGGGGCGUCCUCACCAGUGCCGUGGUGGCCUGGGUGUACCGCGUGGCAGGGAAGGACAUGGCUCCUCUGGAGGCUCUGGUGUUCGGGAUGGGCCAGACCACUCUCACCGUCCUCAUCUCCUUCUCCCGCGUCCUAGCCACGCUCUGACCGGACGAGAGGUUCAAUGACUUUCAGGUCCAGCUGGUGGAAGAGGGGGGCCUAGGCACAACCCGUGGAUCUCUGGGUUCUGGAGGUGAUCAGGUUAUCUGCACGGUAGUGCAGGCCACAACACACACUGGAGCUUUAAAUGUCUGCAGUGACCAAAUGGACCUCCAUCCAAGCCUUGAACAGGCAGCGCUCAGAAAAUCAGCUGGUUUGAAGAUUAAAGACUGCAGCCGCGUCACAGGAAAGCACUUACAGAGAGCGUCCUCCUGUGUUUGUUUUUCUGUUGCACUUCUGGAAAGUGUUUUCUAUCCGUCCUGUUUUGCAGGGUUUGUCCAGCGCUCAGACUCCGCUCACGCCAGAGGUCACGUCAGAGGUCACGUCAGAAGUCACGCCAUACCUCAGCUACAUUUACAAUGUUAAACUA